AGUGCAGAUGACGAAUUGCCCCACAAAUCAUUAUCACUCAAUUCUGCAAGUGGUUCUGAUUUACUAUUGCUGUUCUCUAGCUGGUCUAAAACCGCUUUUGACUUAAAGGGACGCUUUUUGGACGCCAUGGACGUUUCUCAGUUUCCAGGCAGAAAGAACAGUAAAAAUGCAGGCAGAGCACAGGACAAAGCAGUAGGGACAAAAUGUAUGUGAAAUGGUUUGAUACAGUAAUGUUUUACUAUGAGAUUUUAGUGUAUUAGUGAAUGUCAGUUUUAAAAAUUUUCAAAUUUCCCACUGGUUCCGGCACCUGUACGUCCCGUAGGUCCUGGAACCUGGAAGACAGAUGCCGGCAUCGCCCGGAGGAGAUGGCCAGGGACACUGCAGGGGACACA